AUGUCCUCGACAUCCCAUCCACAGUCAUUACAAUUCCAUCAAAAGCCGCUGCCCGCGUUUCAGAACGCCUUGGUCCGCUCGUCCCUACUUCUCUCAAAUGCUUUGUCCAAUGUCCUACUGCCUGAGCCGACAAAUGCCCAUUCUACUCUGUACUUUCAGGUUCUUCAAAUAGUCCAAACAACAGGCCGAUCUGUGGAAGACGUCAUCGCUAGCUACUUUUGCGGCGUCCACGCCUUCAUUCCGAUUAUCUCACGCCCUGGUUUCCGCGAUGAAAUCACCAACCAUGCGGCACCCCCCUCUGGCCCCUUUUCGGUGUUACUGUUGAGUAUUUGUCUAAUCACCUACCAUCCGGCGUUGGCACCAUAUGCUCCGCAGUCUCUAGAUCGAGAGACACUCUUUUUGGCAACUAAGACAAUCUUUGCUCAAGCGCAAGCAAUUUUCCCGCCUUCACUACCGCUCAUCCAAGCCGGAAUAAUUAUUGCUGUAUAUGAAUACGCUCACUGUAAAUUAAAUGAUGCAAUUACCUCUAUAUGUGUCUGUGCCAGGAUGGGACAGGCAGCUCGUAUCCACAUUGAGGAGCCAGCCCAACAGGGGAAAUAUUGCAACCGUCAACAUGUGGAGGAUGAAUACAACACAUGGUGGCAAAUUAUAAUUCUUGAAAGAACCUUGAUUUGUGAACUUGAUGACUUCAAACUGCCUCUGGUAACACAGAUUCCUGAUAUGAGCGUUCAACUGCCAAAAGAGGGACACGAGGCAAAUCCCAAGAGCCAGGGAAACUCUGAGACCUCUACUGUGUGUGGGAUUGAAUCCGAUGCAACAGAAUAUGGAGGGUUUGCAAGUACGGCGCAAGCUGCGUGGUAUUUAGACCAAGUCUUCAGGGCACUACAUGUAGACGAUCUCGACAAAAGAUUGGUUCAACUUGACGGGCUUGACCAUGCUCUUCGUACAUUUCUAAACAUUAUAAUGGAUAGCGAUGGAAGAAUAUUGCGCCGGUAUUGUACUCCGAUUGUGUUGGCCAUUAGAACUCUUUACAUUUUGCACCUACACAUUCUUAGCCAAGUUCCUCAAAUAAAAGAAUCUCACAAAAGGACCCCGAGUGAGUUGCGCAGGCAGUCCAGCGCAGUUUUGAACACGCUCAUUACUAUGACGGAGGAUAUCACAACUGUGCACAGCGAUGUUUCGUUGCCCUUGAUGGACUCGCUUCCUCCUAGUUUUGCAUUCAUUAUCUCGACCACAAUUAAAAACAUGAAAUAUUCUGAAUUUCAAAAUGAUCGUUUGGAUGCUGCCAAGAAAAAACUUGAUUUGUCACUGCAGAAAUUUCGCCAACGCUGGGGAGCCUGA